AAGACAAAGGCAAGCUGAACUUUUCCAAGAUGUCCGUGUUUUCCAUCAGCUCCCUCCUUCGGAAUUGCAAAGGCCAGUCCCUGUUUGUGAGAGGGAAAACGGUGUCGCAGACCUUGGAGAAUUUCUUUUCCUCCAGGGAUGAGGAGAUCAGCGAGGAGCACGUUCCGCUCUGGUUCAGGAACACCCACGGGAACAUGGAGCGCGUGAGCCCACAGGAAAAGAGGAUCAACUUGGAGGAGGCCAGGGAGAUUUGGCACAACAUGAAGGACCUGGAUGGAGAUGUGGAAAAGAAAUACAAGAUGACUUGUGAUGGAUAUUUGAAACUCUGGCAGCUCAGCAAACCCCAGCUCUCAGGAUACGACGCCAUUUUUGUGGAUGAAGCUCAGGAUUGCACACCAGCCAUCGUGGAUAUCGUACAAUCCCAAAAAUGUGGGAAAAUCCUGGUGGGAGACCCUCACCAACAGAUCUACACAUUCCGAGGGGCCGUCAACACCCUCUACUUGCUGCCCCACAGCCACGUGUUCUACCUGACCCAGAGUUUCCGCUUUGGGCCCGAAAUCGCCUACGUGGGAUCCACGAUCCUGGAUUUGUGCAAAGGGAUCCGCGGGAAAACCCUGCUGGGAGGGACCCAAAAGGGUGAGAUGAGAUUGGGAAUGAGGGAAAAUUCCCGGAUAAUUGUGGGAUAGAAGU